GUGCUGCCAUUUCCCCCUCAGAAUAUGAAAAAACAAAAACAGCAUUGGUGUAUUUCAAUAUGGAGUAAUCGUUCUAGUGAGGUGUUUAAGUUCAUAACCGAGGCAUUUAUUAUGCGAGUUCAUAACCCGCCCCCUUCCUUGCGGAUGGUUUGUCCCGGCUGAGCGCUGAGUAGUGAGUGGGAUUCUCUGCUGUGUGUGCGGCUCGUUGUGUUGGGAAGGCAGCUAAUGGAAUGAGCCAACUAAGACUACAUGAUUAAGACUACUGCAUAUUCAGUCUUUGAUGAUUAUAUUGAAGUUCCUGGGGUGCAGAAUUGAAACUGUGGAUUCACCAGAAAAGUCAUUUCUAAAGUGAUGUUAUUAGCGGGUAUGUGAGCUGUGCGCUCAUUGCUUUAACAAAUGAGUUGCUUCAAAGACAUGCGAUUUCCCCGGACCUUCAUUGUCGCUCAUAAAUGAGCCUUGCAAUGUGAUUCAGUUCAGCAUUCUGCCAUACCAAACCAAUUACUAUAUACAUUCAUUGUCAUUAUCCCAUUCCACAUCAUGGAUAACCCAAAUGAUGCACAGACAUCUGAAGCUCCAAAUCAGUUUGUUCCAGAGAUUGAAAUUAAACUGGAAUCGAGUGAUGAGGAAGAGACUGUUACCCUAGGUAAAGGGUUUCUAGUGGAGGGCACACAAAUGAGGGAGGUAAAUGAUGUGCAAGGCCAGAGACCACCAAGGAAGAGGAAGUCCACCUCAGAAGUUUGGCAGUUCUUUUACCGCGAUGCUACCAAUAUUUGCAGAGCUAUUUGUGGCCUCUGUCGAAUCAGUGUCAGCCGAGGGAAGUUAGGAGGGAGCUUUGGGACCACGGCUUUGAAGCGCCAUUUGGAGAGUAAGCAUCCGAUUGCUUGGGCACAGAGGGAGUCGAUGAGAGCACAGAGAACAUAUGGAGGAGAAGAAGAAGAGUAUGAAGCAAUAGAGGAUGAGGAAGAGAAGGAGGAACCUUGUGAAAAUGCCAGCAAUGUACAGAGUGCAUUAUAUAGCUCUCAGACAACAUCUGAAACUCAAGAUGUCAUGCCGACCUCCUCCUCACAAGUACUUGAUUCCCUUAAAACAUAUGAGAUUAUAGAUUCUAGUGAGGAUGAGGGGGAAGAAUAUAAAGAGGGAGUUGAGCAAGUUCCUGUGGAGCUUGAAGAAGAUAUGGACAAAAAGAGAAUGAAAAUGCUUGCUCAGGAUGAAAGAGAGGCUGUGAAUUCUUGCCCCAACUUUACAAGAGACUCUAAUCCUAACCUUCCUAUUCUGUCUGUGGGGCAAUCAAGUUCCCAUGCCUUAAUAAUUUCAAACAACCCACAAGCGCCUCUGGGAGCCUUGAGAAGAAAGUCUCCCUCUGCUGUUUGGCGAUUUUUCUGCAUUGACCAGACUAAUAUCUGUAGAGCUGUUUGCACCCUGUGCCAUUUGAGUGUGAGCCGUGGAAAACGAGAGGGUCAUUUUGGAACAACGGCUCUUAUGCGUCACCUUGAGGGGAAACACCCUUUAGAAUGGGGCAGAGGUAAGAUAAACAAACCAAAGAACAUAAUCGAGGUAGAUGAAGAGGAGGAGGAAGAGACAGACGAGCCUUUGGAACAGAUAUAUCCUCAGCCACAAGCUAUACUUGGACUUUAUGGGUCACCUACCCAUCAUGAGACAUAUUCAACUGAAAUAUCAGGUGUAAUGACUCCUCCAGUCAUGGCCAUACAGGUGGAUUAUAACAUAGAAGAUAAAGAAUCAACCAAUGAAAAGAUCAGAGAUGAUUUGUCUAUUACCACAAAAGAAAAACUUGCUCUUCCACUGAGUGAUGAUUUGCACAUAAAGGGAAAGUAUGCCCCAAAUCACCCUAAAGCCCAGUCGUGGAACAGGAAUAUAGCAGAAUUAAUGUGUGGUGCGGCACUUCCAUACUCUUUUAUUUCCUCCAAAGCUUUUAAAAAGUUCAUGACCAGAACUGACCCAAAGUAUUGUGUGCCUUCAAAAUCAUUUUUUUCUGGUAAAGCAGUUCCCCAGCUCUACGAAGCUGUGUGUGAGAAAGUGAUGAAUGAAUUAAAGAGAUCGGAAAGCUAUCAUAUUCAUCUGACCACCCACUUGUGGAGCAGUGGGCCUUCCAUGGACUAUUUAGCCUUAACGGCACAUUGGGCUGUUCUAAAUCCAGAUAAUCGGCAGUCCGUUCAAAGAAAGUACGCUGUUCUAUGCACCAAAGGUUUUCCAAAAGACUAUAUAGAUGGCAGCAUUCAACAAGAGCUCACGCAGCAAAUGAACAGAUGGCUUUCUCCAAAUGUCCUGAGUCCAGGUUUCUUCAUAUCCAGUGGCAACUUUAAUCUCAUCCAUGCUAUUAAAAGUGCUAACUUUCAUUUCAUACCUUGUUUUACCCACACCCUAAAUUUGUUAGUAAUGGAUUUUCUGCAAAACAAUCGAUGUAUUGCUUCCACAAUUGAGGCAGCUCGAAAAGUCUGCAGCCAUUUUAUUCACUCAGCCAGUGCGAGGAAAACCUUGAGUGAGCUGCAAUUCCAAAAUAAUUUGCCAAAUCGACAUCUGAAACCAGAAACAGUUCCUCAUUGGACUUCAACGUUCUAUAUGCUGCAGAGACUCCUAGAGCAGCAGAGAGCUAUCGAAGAGUAUCUAGGGUCGCUCAAAUUAGAAACGGCUGAUCUGCAUUUGACUUCCAGCAACUGGAGUCUCAUGGCUUGCUUAGUGGACCUUCUACAGCCAUUUGAAAUGGUUACAAGAGAGGUCAGUGCCGGUGGUUCAUGUCUGAGCCAAGUGCUACCAGAGGUUCGAUACCUCCAUAUCUUUCUUAAACAGAUUAGAGGACAUUUUGAAAGUAAGGGAGAUGUUAAAGGUGUCAUCUUGAUUGACAAUUUCACUCUGAAAAUCUCUUCGGAUUUUGGAAUAAAUGAAAUGUUUCAGAGGGAAGAGUACGUUCUGUCCACCUUGCUUGAUCCACGUUUUAAAGGUAGGAUUGAGGCAAUACUUCCACCUGGUUCUGAUAUCGACCUCUGGAAGCAAAUCCUUGUAAAGAAAGUAAAGGAGAUCAUGUCAUCCUCCUUGUGGCCAGCUUCCCAUUUCAAAGAUUCCAGUCUGGAAUCAGAUCUGCUUGCUAGUAAGAACUAUCAUGUGGCUGAAGGUGGUAUGAACUCCCAGAGGAGAACCUUGGUGGCUCCACCACUGAUUCAGAAGGAAAAAUCCCUAAUUGAGCACUUAGAGAGUGUAGGCCUUUUGGCGUCCAAAACUACUGGAGCUUCCUUGUCAACGGAAAGCCAUUCUGCUUGUGUCAUGGUGGAAAAGUACCUUCAAGAUAAUCAAACUAUUGGAGCCAAGGAAGACCCGCUUGUCUACUGGAAGACGAGAAAGUGUCUGUGGCCUGCUCUCGCCAAGCUUGCUUUCAUGUACUUGACUUGCCCGCCUUCGAGCAUUUUUGCAGAGCGCGUCUUUACUGUUCCUUGUACAUUUGGGGGCAUGAAGAAACCGCCAGACGUGGAACAUUUUGGAUUUCUGAUGGUUAAUCUAGAAAAUUUCCCAGACUAUGUAACCCCACCUCUUAUAUUCUCAUCUGACAAUGAGGCAGAGAGUGAUAGUGAGGAGGCCUAGCAGAGUUCAGCCUCAUGGAUAUAUAUUGAUAUAUAUCCAUAUAUAUUGAAUAUAUAUAUAUAUAUAUAUAUAUAUAUUGAAUGGAUGUUGUUUACCUUGCAGCAAUUCUACCACCCAAGGCAAAAUGGGUGAAAAGUGCCCUCGGUUUGUUUUUUUUUAUUAUAUAUUUUGCCAUUUGGAUUGCACCCUGGUGUAACUUUCUUGAAUGACAGCUGUACCAGCAUAUGGAUCCAUUAUCUGGAAACCCGUUAUUCUGAAAGCUCAGAAUUACGGAAAGGCCAUCUCCUAUAGACUCAAUUUUAAUCAAAUAAUUCAAAAUUUCAUAAUUUUUUUUUUUGUGAU